AUGCCUGACUUCCCUGUUCCUAUCGUCGGCCGCGAAGGCACGGGAACCCAUCCUCGUCUGUCUAUCGAUGACCUUCAAGUCAACAAACCCUUCCAAUUUGCUCUAUUCAUCAUGAGCUACCUUAUCAUCCAAGAACGUGAACCCGAAGCUCAACCUGGACAGGGGAGUGCCUCGGAAUUCGAAGCUAUCUUCAAGGCCUACUAUGAGGUCCUCAGCAAACCACCCGAAUCUGCUGCUUUGAUUUUUUCCACAGUUGCAGGUAUCCAUGGUCUUCCGUACCAGGCUUGGUCGGGCGAUCCAGAUCAUGUUAAGAAAGCGGACUAUGACAAGACCGAUCCGAAAGAUAUAGGGCCGAUGCCCUCGCGUUUCGGUGGGUAUUGUAACCACGGAAGUGUCCUCUUUCCGAGUUGGCAUCGUCCCUACGUUUUGGCCAUCGAACAAUCCAUAGGACUAAUUGCGGAAGCCCUUGCCAAAAUCCUUGAAGACAGCAAAGUCUUUCCACAGGGUAUAUGGACUCAAGCCGCAAAUGAGUUGCGAUUUCCCUGGUGGGAUUGGGCCAAAAAUGCCAAGGACGGAUUGCCAGUUGUACUAACCGACGAUCGGGUUUCUCUGGUCUUGAAAGGCACAACUGUGACGGCAACUUGCUCAAAUCCGUUGAGUUACUUUCCGUUCAAGUCUAUACCCGAUGGAUUUCAAGAUAUUACGGAUCCUGAGAGCAAAGUGACUGCCUACUUCGCAAAAUGGAAGCGGACCUUUCGCUACGCUAAGAGUGACCCCAAUCCUCCAGACAGCGAUAUCCCUGCGUUGAACGCGGCUUUGAAAAAGAACGCGCAGAGUCUUAGAGACCGUGUAUCUUCGCUCUUUACUUUGCCGCCGACUACAACUCCUCCAACGACCGCCUCUCGCAUCUAUGAUGAAUUUUCGAACCACACCGUUCAGUCCACAAAUCGGUUGCACUACUACACCGCUGACUCCCUCGAAGGAGUUCACGAUUCAAUCCACGACAUUUUCGGUGGAAAUGGCCACAUGUCGUAUCCGGACUAUGCUGGGUUCGAUCCUAUAUUCUAUAUCCAUCAUUGCAACGUCGAUCGACUCUACGCGCUCUGGGAAUAUGUAUAUCCAAAAGAAUGCUACAUCGGAAAAUGGGAGGACAAUGGAGCCGUGUACCCAUUUACACAAAGCCAGGGGACUUAUGCGCUGGUUUAUAACUCUGAACUCUUGGGACAAACCGAACUUGCACCUUUCCGACGUAAAGACGAAGGAUAUUGGACCUCUGAUGAUGUCAGAUACUUUGUCGACAGUAAAGUACCCAAAUACUACACCUACCCUGUUGUUGCUGGCGAAGUUGACGUUUCCAAGCCUGCUACGGCUUCCGAUCGUGAAAAAUAUCGUAAACUUCUUCAGGACUACUAUGGUGUUGAUAAAUCUUUCACCAUGUUGCCGCCUAAAUUGGCUUCGUUCGUCAAGCCUGCCGUUCAAGAUAGUGACUCUGACACUGGUGUUCAACUACGGGAUACCGUACGGAUCGUAAUUGGCGUUCAAACGCCCGAAUCCGCGUUUAAUGGUCCCUACUCGAUUGAAGUCGGCUAUACGGAUAGAAACGAUCACAAGGAACACGUUGGCACCAUUAGUGUCUUCGCCCGUCAACCCGAUUCCAACUGUGCAGCCUGCAAAGCGAAACGUCAAUUGGGAUCGACUAUCCACGGUAUUCUCCCUGUACCUAACAACAUCGUUCAGGACCUAGUGGAGGCCCUCGGCCAAGACGUCGAACCCGCUGCUCCCGAAGCUCUCAUUGAUGAACUUAAAAGUCGUCUAUCCGCGACGAUUUUGGAUCGGCAUAAGAUUCCUGUGGGGCAUGCGAAAGGCUCUGGGCACCAGAUUGGCUGGGACAGUCCGGAGGCGCUUGAACCAUAUGUUACGCCGGUGAUAACGGUAGCUUCGGCUUACGUUGCUAGGGUCGGAGGGGGCAGGGAUAGGGAUGGGGAACCGAAAGGGCCGGUGAAAUGGGAUGGUUGGACGAAUCAUGGGGAGGUGUUCCGUCCUGAUCUGGGAAAGACUGGAUGGAGGUCUGCCUAA